AUGAAUUAAGUAACAGGGACUUUCCUUUAAGUAUAAAACAGUGAAGGGACAAUAAAAUAUUCUAUUUUCAAAUCAGGAAAUGCAGUUUUUGGUGGAGCUAUUUUAAUCGAAAAUUAUGCUUCUUUGGAAAUUUAGAAUACUAUUUUCUAAGAAUGCAUGGCUUAAAUUAGUGGAGGAGCAAUUUAGAGUUCUAGCCAAUUGAGAAUAUCGGAUAGUUAAUUUAUUAAAAACUAAGCUUUGAAUGGAAAUGAUGUAUAUUUUAAAGGUUUGGACGAUAUUGUUAUUAAUAAUGUCAAUAUAACAGCAAGUUUAGGAAUCAGUUUGUAUAUAUGGGCAAGAGAAAUGUAAUCAAAUUACUUAAAUAUUCAGGGAGAUAAAUCAAUUAAAAAUCCAGGCGAAAAUGAAGAGAUGAAAGGUCUUUAUAUAUUCGAAACUACAAAAACGGCACUUAAUUAUGCUACUUUUGAAGGUCUUUUUGGAAAAAGAGGAUCAGCUAUUGAUAUUGAGAAUUAUUUAAAUAGAUAAAUUUUAUAAGUAACAAUUUAGAAUAGUAUUUUUAAUUCUAAUAUAGCAAGAAGAGGUGCCGGUAUUCAUUCUUUGGGACUUGUUUAGGUGAAAUUAUAUGAUACUUAAUUUUAAAAUAACUAAGCGAAGUUAUUUAAUGAUACAUAAGGAACUGGAUUUGGAGGAGGGAUUUUGUAUAAUUGUCCUAUUAAAUAUACUUAGUGCCUUUUUUAAAUUAUUCGAUGCAAUUUUUUUAAUAAUAUUGCUGACAUGGACGGAGGUGCUGUUAAAUUUGAAUAAUCGGAAAUUUUUGUAGAUUCAUAGACUUCAUUUUUGAAUAAUUAGGCAUUAUAUGGUUCUAAUAUAGCUUCUUAUCCAAUUCAUUUAUAAAAAACUAAUAAUUCAUUAAGUGAUUAAAUUGUAGAUUUCAAAAGACCAGAUGCUUUUGAUAAAGACUUCGAAUAGUCAAUAAAGGAAUCGUAUUUUUUUUAAGAUGCUAUAUCUGGAUAGUUUUUCAAUUUGUUUUAUGCACUUGUAGAUCAUUAUGGAAAUGUGGUUCGAACAGAUAACUCUUCUAUAGCAAUAAUAACUACAAAGCAAUAAAACAUAUAUUUGGAAGACAGUUAAAAAGUCUCAGUCAAUGGUUAUUUUGAUUUUAGUAUUUUAAAAAUUACUAUAGAUCCAGGAAGUGUGGCUAAUUUUUAAAUAACCACAAAUGCAAUUCCAGAAGAAUGGCUAUAAAUAGCCAGAGAAAAAAAAACUUAUCGAAUACUUGAAGAAUAAUUCUCUUAAACUAUAGUGGAAAACAAAAAUGAAGUGGGAUCAAUGCCAAUCCUUAUUCAAUUUAGAAAAUGCUAAUUAGGGGAAAUAUAAUCAGCUAAAUAGUGCAUUCCUUGUCCUGCCUAUUAGUUUUCCAAUAUAUAAUUGGUUACUGAGAAAGAAAAUGAGUGUUUUGAAUGUCCUUUUGAGGCUUAGUGCUUUGGAAAAAAUGAAGUAGCUCCAAAUGCUGGAUUUUGGAGAUUAAGUCAAUUUACUUAAACUUUUAUAUCAUGUCCUAAUGAAAGUGCUUGCAUUGGAGGUUUUGAAAAUAAUAAAAUCACUUCUUAUACUGGUAAUUGCGCUUAAGGUUACGAAGGUAUUCUUUGCUAAGGUUGUAAUGAAGGCUGGGCAAGAUAUAAGGACAAUUAAUGUAUUGAAUGUACUGAUAAUUUAAUUUAUGAUAUUUAGUCUUUUUUCACUAUUCUUUUUGCUAGUUAUAUGAUUUUUAUUGCUAUAAGGGAUACUUUAUAAGAAGGAGGUGAUUCAAAAGAACAUACAGUCUCUUUAUUGAAAAUAUUUGCUCCUUUAACUGUUUUCUCUAUGGAUUGUUAUUAUAAAUAAUUUGGUGAUAGUACUGUUCUUGUAAAAAUAUUUCUUGAUAUUGUCACGCCAUUAGUAAUUAUGCUUUUAGCAAUUAUAUUUUUCAUUAUUUAUUUUGCUAUUAAAGAAGGAGCAGAUUUACUAACUGUAUAAAGCAAAAGAACUAAACUUAAAAAUCAUAUUGUAGUUGUAUAGCUUGUUAUUGUUUUUGUGUUUCAUCCUCAAAUUGUAGAGUCUUCCUUUUCUCUUUUCUAAUGUGUUAAUUUGGGUGAUGAGAAUAAUCCUUAAAUGUUUUUUUAAAUAGAUCCUUAGCUAAGGUGUAUGGAAGGCAUUCAUCUUUAAUUUGUUAAAUAUUUAGGAAUUCCUUCUAUUGUUUCUUGGGUCCUUAUUAUCCCUUUUAUUAUUGGUGCUUCUUUAUAUAAAUAUAAGGAAAUUAUAGAUAGACCAGAUAUUUCUGAAACAUUUGGUUUUAUAACAAAGGGAUAUAGAUCUGAAUAUUUUUUUUGGGAAAUAAUAAUAAUGUAUAGAAAAUCGUUUUUGGUAAUAGGUUCAGUAUUUUUAUAAAUAGAUGAGUUUUAAAAAGGACUAAAUGUUGUAUUAUACUUUUUUAUAUGGUAUAUGAUAUAAAAUAAGUACUAACCAUUUAUAUCUCAUAGAUUAAAUUAGGUAGAAAGUUUUUCUUUGUUGACUUGUGUAUGCUAUAUUUAUAUAUCUUUAUAUUAUUUAGUGAAUGAUCCUGAUUCAAUUAUUAAUAUUGUUAUGAUAAUAGUUUUACUUGUUGUAUAUUUUGGAUAUAUUUUUUAUUUCCUUCUUGUUUUUGCAAAGUAAAAAGUUGACGAAAUUACUGAAUAAAUAAGUGAAGUUACAGAAAAUAAUUAGAAUUUAUUUAUGAUUAAACUUUUAUCUAGAUUAUCUGAAAUAAAAGCUUGUAUAUGCGCAAAAGAAUGGCUUUUGAAAACAAAUUAAAGAGAUAUAUAAAGGAUAAAAAUGUAAAAUAGUUAAAAUUAAGUACAAAAAUGGGAUUGGAUUCCCUGUAAUCAUAAUUUAAAAACAGAAUUAAAAAAGUAAAUUAAUAUUUGGAGUUUAUAACCAUCUAUUGUACUGACUAAUCCAAAUGAAGAUGGCCCUGAUCCACAUGUAAAAUUAUUUAUAGAUACUGAAAAAUCUCUAUAAUAUACAGAAGAUUUAGGCUGGAAUUGGCAUAAAAGCUGGAAUUUACCUAAUAUUUCAGUUCGAUUAGAAAUUAAAGAUUUCUAAACGUAAGAAAUACUAUAGUGUCCUAAAAAUUUAUAUGCUCAUAUUUUUGCUGUGAAAGCAGUUAUAGAUUAAGCAGAUAAUUUCCAUUUAGUAGAUGUUGGAAUGAGAGGUAUAACAAAACAUGAAUUAAUAAAUGGAUAGUCUUUUUUCUAAGCAAUAAAGUUUUUAUCAACCUCAUAUAAUAAUGAGGGAGUUAAAUUUCAUUUAGUAUUGUGUAUUUAUAUUCAAAGUGAUGAUGAUUAAACUCCAAAAAUAUUAAAUGCUACUAUUUCUCCUCCUAUAUUUGUUGAUUCUAGAAAGUCUGCUAAAGAUUCUUAAAUUAUAUUAGAGAAAAAAAUGAGUUCCUUUGUUGAACCUUUUUUACCAGAUAACUUUAACAAAGCAUUCAUUAAAAGAGAAAAUAAAAAAAGAAACGAUAUUGAAACUGUCAUUCUAAAUGAUUUUGAGGGCCUUUUUAAUUAUUUAACAGCUCCUAAUAUAAGACAUAAAGUAUAAGUUGUGUAUAUAUGUAUAUUUAAAGCUUUUUUAUUUAAAAAUAGGUAAAACAUCCCGCUUUCUUAGCCUUAAGAUUUUCUUCUUGUGUGA